GCUGCGGCAGCCCACUGCGGAGUCAAGAUGCGCCCCAAGGAACAGGUGCAGAACAGUGCGGGGGAAGGGACGGGGUCUGGGGACCCAGCAGCAGGGACCCCCGAGACCCAGCCUGCAGCCAGUCCGGCCCCGGAGCCCUCGGCGGAGCCCAAACCUGCUCCUGCGCAGGGAACCGGGUCCGGACGGCGAGCUCCAGGAUCCCGAAUCAAGACAGGAAGAUUUUGUCGGUCCAUGAUUAUCGGUAAUUCGGACGCGCCAUGGACCCGUUAUGUAUUCCAGGGGCCUUAUGGUCCCCGGGCCACUGGCCUGGGCACUGGAAAAGCCGAGGGAAUCUGGAAGACGCCAGCCGCGUACAUCGGCCGGAGGCCUGGCGUGUCCGGCCCUGAGCGCGCCGCGUUUAUUCGAGAGCUGCAGGAAGCACUGUGUCCUAACCCACCUCCCACGAAGAAAAUCACUGAAGAUGAUGUCAAAGUAAUGCUAUAUUUGCUGGAAGAGAAAGAACGGGACCUGAACACAGCUGCUCGCAUCGGCCAGUCCCUGGUGAAACAGAACAGUGCUUUGAUGGAGGAGAAUAACAAGCUGGAAACCAUGCUGGGCUCAGCCAGGGAGGAGAUUUUGCAUCUCCGGAAGCAGGUGAACCUGCGAGAUGACCUCCUUCAGCUCUACUCGGACUCCGACGAUGAGGAGGAUGAGGAGGAGGAAGAAGAGGAAGAGGGGGAAGAGGAGGAGCACGAAGGACAGCGAGAUCAAGACCAACAGCAUGAUCAUCCUUACGGUGCUCCUAAGCCGCCCCCUAAGGUGGAGUCACAGCACCGCUGCCCACAGCUGGAAGCUCUGCAGCAGAAGUUGAGGCGACUGGAGAAGGAGAAUGACCACCUGCGAGAGGAGGCCUCUCACCUUGACAACCUGGAAGACGAGGAGCAGAUGCUCAUCCUGGAAUGCGUGGAGCAGUUUUCUGAAGCCAGCCAGCAGAUGGCAGAGCUCUCGGAGGUGCUGGUCCUGAGGUUGGAGGGCUAUGAGCGGCAGCAGAAGGAGAUCACCCAGCUGCAGGCUGAGAUCACCAAGCUACAACAGCGUUGUCAGUCGUAUGGAGCCCAGACAGAGAAACUGCAGCAGCAGCUGGCUUUGGAGAAGGGAGUCCACCCAGAGAGCUUUCGCGCUGGCUCCCACGUGCAGGAUUAUGGGAGCAGGUUUCGCGAUCGCCAGGAAGAUGGGAAGAACCAGCGCCAGCGCUCCUCGAUGCCCACGACUUCUGUCGCCCACUAUGGAUACAGUGUGCCUCUGGACGCGCUUCCCAGUUUCCCAGAGACGCUGGCUGAGGAGCUCCGAACGUCUCUAAGGAAGAUCAUUACUGACCCUGCCUAUUUCAUGGAGAGAUGUGACGUCCGCUGCAAGGAGGAGCGAGAGCAGGAGCAGGGGGCGAUGCCACCACCCCCACCGCCGCAAGAUCUCAAGCCACCUGAAGAUUUCGAGGCUCCAGAGGAGCUGGUGCCUGAGGAGGAGCUGGGGGCCAUAGAAGAGGUGGGGACGGCCGAGGAAGGGCUGGCGGACGAGGCAGACCGGGUGUCUGAGGAGACCGAGGCCUGGGAGGAAGUAGAACCAGAGGUGGACGAGGCCACAAGGAUGAAUGUGGUGGCCUCCGCCCUGCAGGCCAGUGGCCUGGGCCCUUCCCGCCUGGACAUGAAGUACGUCCUCCGGCAGCUGACCAACUGGCAGGAUGCUCAUUCCAAGCGGCAGCAGAAGCAGAAGGUGGUCCCAAAAGACUCUCCGGCCCUGCAGCAAACAAACGUGGGGAGGGGCGGGAUCUUGGAGCAGCAGCCCAGGGAGACGCAGGAUGCCGAGAACAGUAUCACUAACUCUCCCAGUGCUAGAGAGGAGGAGAAACCCUGGAUUUUGGGAGUUACAUGCUCUGAGGGCAGGCUUUUUAGGCCUGGCCUAUGAGGAGCUGUCAGUGAGUUCAGGUGAUUUGGCACUGGGUUUUUUCCCCUGAAGGCUCUUUUCGUCCUCACACGUGCGCACAAACACACACACACACACACACACACACACACACACACACACACACACACCGGUGGGUCGGUAGAUUCGAUCCUGCACCAUUUCUUAGAAGAGGAUCCUGAAGUUGAGAGAGCUGAGCUGACUUGUCCAAGGCUACACAGCUAGGCGCAGACCUGAGCCUGUGUCUGCCUAUGGGUAGUGAAGCACUUGGUCUGGUCUCACUGCUACGCUGGCUCUUUCUGCGUAACACCUGAAGUCUGUAACUUGUAGGCAGCACCCUUUCACGCCGGCUCGCUGUCACUCUUGAUUUUUGGGGGGAGGGGGACACCAGUGGGUGAAAUAUAUCACUGGAAGAAGCACAGUAAGAGUGUGCCAGUUGUAAUAGGGUCAGCGCUUCUGUGACUGACAAUGGGAAACCUGAAUAACUGUCAGUGGUGUCUCCUGACACGGCCGAUUGUGUCUGAGGUGGGUCAGGCUCCUGGUUCACGUCCACCCGCUUCUCUUCCAGGCUCUGCUGUUUCCCAGCAGCCUGCAGAGGCCCCACAGACCGCUUGAGACCCCUUCUUCUGCUGCCUGGCUAAGUCCCUCCCUUCCUUCCCUUCCUUGGAAACAGGACCUCAUGUCUGUAGGCAGGCCUUUCUCUGUCCUGGCCCAAGCUUCUGCUCUCUUCUAAGGCAGACUGAAAGAACCCUAGUUCCUCAUUCUGAAACUGGUGCCAAAGUUGUGGCUACUGGGGCCCCCGGGGUGGAAGCAGCCUGUGGGGAGACUGUCUGGCUACCAGACCCAGCUCUGAGACAGGUGUGAGUGGUCAGGGUGGGGGCCCAGGUCCCUAGGGUAGGCAGUUACUGGGAGGACCCUCUCUAUCCCUUGAACCGCUCACAUAAACGGACCUCCCCAGUCCUGGUUGGCUUUUGGAACCUGAUUCUUUUUUGCUAUCCUUCGUCCUUCCUCUGUUUCUAUUGCCGUGUGUAAAGUGAAGUGUAUCUGAGUGGGGGUGGCAGAGGGGGUCCCUCCUCCCUGUGACGUCUCGGUCUCCCGUGGCCCGUGAGUAUCCCUCUAGAGUUCUGCCCUUCCCGACAUCUUUCCUCGUGCAUAGCUGCAGCCUCGGUGCCUGCCCUGCUCCUGCAGUGCUCCAUAGUCUUGUAGCUUGUUAGCCUUUGUAUCGAUGUUUGUGCCCGUGUGGAAAUAAAGAACUUGUGAGCUACC